AAAGCAGGUUUGCAGACCUUUAUAACGACGAGGUGGCAUGCAAGCUCACAUAAAGAGCCCGCAUAUUCUAAAUCAUAAAAGAGUGAGCUCCAACAUCAUCACAGAAAUUAGUGAGGCUUCAGUAACAGUGGUGACUAAGCUUAAGUGGCGAUGAAACCGAUGAAUAUGGCGCAUAGAACAGCGGCAGCUACGCCGACGCUUCGCUGGACGUCUAGACUAGCCGCACUAUUGUCACUGUCGUGCCCCCCGUCGCCAGGUUCACUUAUAUGUGUUACAAACUCACUCAUAGCGCUUAAGGCUCGAGACUUUACUUCAUCCAGCGUCCCCGCGAUCAAGGUUUCUGUUCCAUCAAAAGCCGUGCCUAUGGUUGACGCCUUAUCCUUGACCAGCGUUUCGCCACGGUCCAGGAGGCUGCUGCCCUUCUCAUUCACUUUAUCCGCAAUCUCUGCGAUGGAAGAGAGGAAGCUGUCGAGGUCACGUUCGAAGCGAACUUUAGGCGGUGCAGUGAGCCUGGGGCUAGUCGAAUCUAGAGUAAGGGGGGGUUUAUCAAACGACCCUUGGUUACUACUGAGGUUGAUUAGAACAUGCCACAGUUGAUAUGAGAGGCAAACACUGACGUCUGAUGAGGGGCCUCGUCGGCCAUGGCAAUGCUCGUCAAAGCGAGUACGAGCAUUUCUUGGUAGCGCAUAUUGAUAGGGCGCAGAUAGGGCAAAUGGGGGAGGAUAGAAAGCACGAGCUCGGGCAAGCAGGUAUUGGAGUGGUUGGAUAGGUUUUAUAGUGGCGCCUGAUGCUUUCCAAUAUAGAAGGAAUCAUUAGUCUCAAUGCCAGUUGUGGCAAAGCGUUUACAACUAUAGCAUAAUACUUGACUGUAUUUUCUGUUGAACACCUAACAGUUACCUUUUUCUCAUAGAAUUCAGUGUUUUCACCUUGGUAAGGUUCCCAUCCUAGUCUAUAUGCCGCAGCAUGUAGGGGUACGCUAUUUUUGUAGCCAGCGAACAAGAGUUGUAUAUUGUGCAUGUUGGGUUAUUGACGGGGGAUCAAUGUGAUGCGUGUUCCUAUAAUAACUUCGACCCCCGAAACGCAGCACUAUU